GCAAGGAAGACGUCGGGGGAGAAGACGCCAUCACGGCUCGUUUGGGAACGAUGGACGGCGGCGACAUUGACGUCGGUGGGACGCUGUCGACGGCGGAGAGGGCGGCAGUUGCAGCAGCUGUUACCACGGUCCUCUUUCGUUGUCGGAUGGAGAGGACGACGGGGAGAACGGAAGCGCAGAUCCGCGCGAGGAGGAGGAGGAAGGUCACGCAGUUCAGAGCGAUGGAAGGGUUGGACACCGCCGCCAUCUGCGAGGCCCCCAUUCACGUGUGCUGCACCUUGGGUUGCAGAGCUCUUCCCAUACCAACGUCGAGGUGGUGGAUGAAAAGAAGGACGGGUCGGGCGUGGGUGGAUGAAAAGAAGGACGGGUCGGGCAACGGAGGACUACUUUCGGGACAAGCUGCACAUGUCGCCACGUGUCUUCAGAGCGAUUGCAGAAGAUCUGUCGUCGUUCCUGCACCGGCGUAGGAUGGGGAACUUUUCACAGGCCCGCCUGUGAUGCUGCCAUUCGGCGUACAGACGAACGACUACCUCUUGGGAGACAAUGGUUACCCACCAUCCGAAUGGAUAGUUGUUCCCUAUGGCUGCACUACUCAUCACCCGUCGGAGAUGAGGUUCAACAACAAGCAGAAGGCCUCAAGGGGGGCAGUUGAGAGGGUUUUCAGCACACUGAAGGGGACGUGGUGGCUGUUCCUGCGGUCACACAAGACAAACAUGGAGACGUUGCCGCAGCAGUUUCUGCCUGUCUGCAUUCUCCACAACCUGCUCAUCGACGUCGACAUCACGUUUGAUGACAAUCUAUUGUGGGAGGUGGAUGCGAACGAACGCUGGCGGUACACAGCUGCCUCGACUAUGCGUAGAGAUCAGAGGAGUCUUCGUAGAACACACAAACGGCAGACGGCUGCCUUUGACGAUGUGUGGGAGACGGCUUCCUUUCGACAUCGCAGUUGGAUUGUAGAGUUGUCGUCGUUGAAGACGUGUCACAUCAGAUGCGCGAACUUCAUAGGUGUCGCCGUAGAACACGCCGACGUGAGAGGUGUCGUCGUCGAAGACUCGGACGGCAGACGGGCGACAGGGCCUUGCGUGGAGUUCUUGGCCAAGAUGAAGGAAGAUACGGUUGCGGGCAAUGGAAUGACACACGUGGCGAGCUCGCAUAGAUUAGCGGAAGGUGGUUUGCUAGCGGCGGUCAGGCAAUGGCAGGCGCACUCAGACACAGGGCAGGUGACGAGGGAGAGCGGUCUUACGAUCCUAAGGAGUGAUGCAAGCAGAAGGAGGUCGAUAAUGAAGACUUCACGGGAGGACAGACCUCGGUCAAUUGAAAAUGACGAGGAAGGAAGGAUGCACAGAAAGAUUCUUCCGUCCGGGCAUCGACGAGAUUCUGAUCCUAUGAUGAUGCAGCGAGACGAUAGUUACUUCACAUCUGGAUCAGAUAAGGGUAAGUCAGACAAGGAUUCAAAGCCAGUGGCUCCACGCAAACGAGUGUCUAUAAUCGGUGUAGAUGAAAGAAGAAACGACCAGGAUAGGGAAGGACCUAGUGCUCGCCAUUCUCGGAGGGGAAGCAAUGCAAGUGUCAGCCCUUCAUCUGUGGACGGAGCAGUUCAUAGAGACUCACAGCUGGGCAUGCGCCUUUCAUUCCUGUCAAUGGAAAAGAGCGACAGGAAGUUCUCGGGGCAACUGGACUCGUACACAUUGGCGUUCAAAGAUCCAGAGCUGGAGGAGGCAUUCAUGGCCGAAUUCGUUGUGCGAAAUCAGCGAAGUCUUCGGCUCGGUCUUGUUAUCCUAGGCAUACUGGUUGGUGCAUACAUUUUCAUUGAUAUCAUAUCUUUUGGUUACAAGAACGUUAUAGUCAAAGUUAUUGUUGUAAGACUCUCCAUUUGUAUGCUCUGCAGCUUUAUGUAUUGGGCCACCUACAAAGACAGUUUCCAGAUAGCCAACUGGCAGCCUUUUGCCUGUUCAUGCUGCCUUUUCAUAGGCUGUCCAAUUAUACUCCUCCCCUGUUUAUACUCGCGGGUGGCCGGUGUGCAAGCUGUAUUUGCUGUUUCCACUGUCACAGUGGGCUGCCUUGGGUUGAAGUGUUACAAUGCCGCCCUGAUGGAGUUCUUCCUCUGCAGCAUCUUUGUCGCAGUGAGCAAUAACAUGCCACAGUAUGGUUCAAUCCUAGAGCCCCUGGAUCGCAGAGCGGAGACAGACACUGCAAAUCGAUUCUUGAUUGAAGUCGUCUUCUUGCUAACCCAUCUAGUUGGGGCUGCGUUUCUGAUGGAAAAGUUCAUAAGAAAGCAAUUCUACAUUCGUUGGGAGCUUAAGACUUCAGAGAAGGCAACUGCUGUGGCGGAGAAUGCGCUGUUUGCAAAAGAUCUCAAGUCUUCCUUUAUUUCGAACCUCAGCCACGAAGUGAAACACCCAAUCAUCAGCAUCCUUGCAUGUGGCGAGCUGAUGGCGGGCACUCCCAUGACUGAGGAACAGAAAGAGUAUGCUACCACAAUCCACGAGUCUGCUGUGCAGCUGUUUCAAGUUAUCGAAGACGUGCUGCACUUCUCUGAGCUUGAUGCAGGCACCUUCAAGCUCAAUCCUCAGGUUUUCAAUCUGCUGGAAAUAGUGGAGGAGGUGGUGGCAGAACAGGUAACCUUGGGGUUGUCCAAAGGUUUAGCGGUCUCAAUUAUCUACAAAUUGCCAAGCUGCAUCUUCCUUGGUGAUCCUGGUGUUGUUCUCACCGUCUUGAAACACUUGUUUGAGAAUACAGUGAAGGUCACACAGAAGGGAGAGGUCGGUAUUGUGGUGGAUAAACAUGACACCUGCAUGGGUGCUUGGAUUGUUAGGUUUGGAUGCUUUGACACUGGGCCCGGCAUUCCUGAAGAGAACCUGAAGUUUCUCUUCCAGGAGUUCACACAGGUGAGGGACACACUGAACCAAGUAAACCGUGGAUUAGGACUAGGGCUGGCUCUUGUGAAGGGGUUUGUGAACGUAAUGAAGGGAAGGGUGGGGGCGGUUACAAAUGACAUCGUUAAGCCUGGAACCCCAAUUGGAUCUGUCUUCUGGUUUGAGAUCCCUCUCAUGCCCAUACAUAAUCCAACAGACAGGGGUAUAGGUGCAUUUGUCCCGGGGACGGACGUAGGGGGACCCAAGAGCAAGGAAGAGGAAGAAGUACAUACAAAUGUCAUGACCAAAGGGAUCAAGGUACUGAGAAAAGUUGCACCGAAUGGAUGCACAAGUGUUCCUCUAGGUAUCACAGACGAGGAAGGAAACAAAAAUGACAAAUUGAAAACAAACGAUGAGUCAAACACAGAUGUUGUCGUUAACGCACCACUGUUUAUCAUCGGAAUUGCCAAGGCUCGGGUGAUUCGUACCAUGCUGAGAGUUUAUCUCUCACAGUGGCCCAAUGCCACUGUGGCUAUUGCUGCCUCUCCACAACACCUGUUCAGCACAGAGUUCUCUGGACCUGUGGGAGUUAUGAGUGACAAGAGAGAUGCCCACAGGAUUUGCUUCAUCAGUGAUAUCAAAGAAAAGGAGGAGCUGGUUCAGUUGGAUAUUGCAAAGCACAAGUUGUAUACAAUGAUCAAAAGACGGAAGCACCGAAUCACCAAGGGUGCGUACUGGGUGAUGCUGCCAAAAGAUCGGCAGAUGGCGGAUGGGAACAGUUUGAGCAGACUAGUGGCAAAAGACAUAUUUGCCAUCCUUUAUAUGCCAAUCCGAGCACAGCACUUGGCAUCUUGUAUGAGGGAUUUCUUGGAAGUGUCAGGCAAGCAUCUCAAAACUAUUCUAACUUCUUAUCCUCCAGCUCUUACAGGUCCAGUUAAGCCUGGUGAAGCAGUAGUAGACAUCCCUGAUCCGCCCAGAGCUACAAGUGUGAAAGAUUACUCAACAUUGGUCUUGGAGUACCAAAACUCCGUGUUCAUUGGACAAGAAGCGGAGAGACAAACAAUUCUGUCGUUUGAGGGUGCAUCUAGAGAGUUCCAGAGCAUAGUGUUUCGCCAGGCAGAUCCUGGUGGGGCACUUAUGAUGCCACGCCCAGUACGUAAGCUCAGCGAGGUUGAUGAGGAGGCUAUUGCAAAGGGAAGACGAUUCAAAAAAAGCUCGGCUAGUGCCUUGGAGAGCAAAGAGGAGGUAUUGAAGAAGAUUUUGUCAGUAAGGCAUGGCACGAUGCAUCUGGUGAACUUCCUGAAGGCACUUGAUAUAGAAGAUGAGGUCAUUGAAACCACUGAUAAAAAAACAGAAGGCCAAGGCGAAAAGAAGGAUAGCUCUAUUCCACCUGAUGGUACUCAGGGAACACAGUCUGGAGCUGCACAAACUGCUCCCAAACUUGGACCGGUUGCGCCGCAGCAGCAGCAGCAGAACGAAAUAAACCCCUUCCAGGCAUCCUCGACAGGGGGCACAAGCACACAUACCCGUCCAUUUGCGUUAUUAAACUCCCCAACCUUCAACUCAUCUUCCACAGUGGCUGCAGCCGCCGCGGCGGCUGCUGCUGCUGCAACGGCUGUACAACCUGGGCCCAAACUGGGGGCCACUGCACAACAACAACCACAGCAAAAUGAAAUACACCCACUGCAUGCAUCCUCCGCAGGGGGCACAAGCACACACACCCGUCCAUUUGCGUUAUUAAAUUCCCCAACCUUCAACUCAUCUUCCACAGCAACAGCAGCUGCUGCUGCGGCCGCCGCUGCUGCAGCAGUUGCAACUGCAAAUGGAUUGGCUUCCAAGUCGCCAUUGGGAACAUCACCGCUCUUACCGACUUCAGGGGCGGCAUACGACUCACCUGAGUUUGUUGAUACCCCAUUGGUAGUUAAACCUAUCCCUGGGAGUGAGUGGAAAGUGUCUACUGCUUCCCCACUUUUUCAAGAACAACCUGACGAUGCGUUGCAGAAGCCAACGAGUGAAAGUCAGAAGCAACAAGAGGAGAAGGAGGAGAUGCAGCAGCCUCAGCAGCCCCUGAACCGUGUGAGAAGACAGAUUGCAAGCACUGGAAGCGUUACUAGGCAAGCAUUUUCCGUAAGCACGGUCUCUCUCCUGCAGAAGCUUCAAGGAUCAAUGUCCUGGCGCCUUGGCGAUUCUGUCGAGCCUGUACGGGUAGUCAUGAUCAUGCUUGGGAUGCAGCUUGCCUCCUGGCCUUUCCUCAAGAGAGCCUUUGAGGAGGUGGUGGUGAGUAAGGUCAACAUAGUGCUUUGCAGUACAUGGCUUGGGGUUUUUCUAGCCCUGUGCAUCUACACCUUCAGCUCCCACUUUCAGGGAAUAAUGGCAGCGCACCCAGUUCGAUGCGAGUGGGGGUUUGCCAUCUUGAUGGUGAUGACGUUGUGGGUUGUGAUUGUCUGCUGCUACAUCCAUCCUGGCUUGGCCUCGAUGAGCAUAGAAACAUGGCUGAUUGUGUUUGCAUUGACUCUCUAUGUGAACAUCUUUUGUCGGUUCAGCGUUGCGCUGGCCGCGUCUGCGGCCAUUGCACUGAUGUAUGAGGCUGUUAUCAUUAAUCAUCAUGCUAUUACCUUUCUCGGAGACGUUGCACGCCCUCUGGUGCCUUCUGGGAUAGCUAGUCGGGAGGACAUCCGCAUCAUUGUCGUCACAUUUUUCACGUUUACGACGAUCGGGUCGUUGCUAACAACAUCAUACACUCUAGACACGACUGCAUCGAGCGAGCAGAGCCUGACCCUUGUGGUCAUGGCUGCUACAGAGGCCGCAAGGAAGGCAACUGAGGCUGAAGCUGCCAACCAAGCCACAACCCAGUUCAUUUCCAAUUUGAAUAUGGAGGUACGCACACCUCUAGCAAGCAUUAUAGGCAUGAGCGAGCUUCUCCUUUCCUCAGAACCUCCUCUAAACAUCCUCCAGGAGGACUUGGUGUUCACAGUGCAGCAAGCCAGUCAGCAACUGAGCUCGCUUGUUGAUAACGUCCUGGACGUCAAAAAAAUAGAUAAUGGGUUCAUCCAGUUACAAGAAGAAGUUAUAAAUAUUCGUGAGCAGAUCGAGGAGCGAGUGCUUUCAAUGUGCCACGUUGCAUACAAGAAGAGACUUCGUGUCAUCAUGGACAUGCGAAUUCACCACGAGUUGUUCCUUGGCGACCCUCUUCGGUUGGGCCAGAUCAUGACAAAUGUUCUUUCCAAUGCCAUCACUUUCACCAAUCAGGGAGAUAUUCUCAUCAAGGCAGAAGAGAUCCAGAGCAUGAACAAUGACCCGACUACCCCCCCCAUGCCUCCGGAUUCCGGCGGCAGAACCCGCCAGUUCAGCAUUAUCCGUGUGUCCUGCAAAGACACUGGCAUCGGCAUGUCCAAAGAGAACCUGGAAAAGGUAGUUAACACCCUGAAUAAGGUUGACGCAGAGUCCAUCUCGUUCGGCAAGCUCCGCCACAGAGGGACAGGAAUAGGGUUGACGAUCGUUAAGAGUCUGGUGUCGUUGAUGGGGGGCGCUUGCGGCAUAACGAGCGAGCUUGAUCAAGGGACGACCUUCUGGUUCACCAUGCGUCUGCCAUACAUCCAGCCCACAGACCCAGAGGCUUCUGAUCCCAAUACCCAGUCGACCCUGAGCUUCAGCUGGAAGUCGUCAAUACCAAUCAAGCUACUUCUAAUAUCACCAUCACCCACUGAGUGCGACGUGAUCAAACGCUAUGCAAUGCAGUGGGGGCACCAGUGCUCUGUGGAGGAGAACACCAUGCUGGGAGUGCAGAGACUAACGGGGAAAAGAACAUCAUUGUUGCCCUCGUCAGCGUCGAUCAAUCUCUUGUCAGGACUUAAUGCCUUGGAGAAAGAUAAUGACUCAGGCCGACCUCCUGGCGUCUUGUCCAGAGCUGGGCGUACAUCAGUGCGUUUGGGAAAGGACAACCCUCAGGCUGAUGCUGUUGAUCCAUUGUCGAUUAAGCUUAUAGUCUUGGAUGCCGAGGUUCUCUCACCCUCGGGACAAACGGAUGAUGAGAAAAUGCUUCUGCACACUGUUAAUUCUCGGAACCUGAAAAUUAUUCUCCUUGUUCGUGCCGGCAUGAGCAUUCACCAAUGGCAGCAUUUCAAUGCCUUGCCAUUCAAAAAACCAGUUGCGUUCAGUUCAUUUUUUUAUGCCCUUGAGAGCAUCAUUGGGCUAACGGAACUAGCUCCUGACACCUCUCCAACGGGUGUGCCUCAUAUGGCACCUCCAGCUGCUGCUUCUACCCCUGCUUCACCACGAAAGGAGGUAGUGGCCGUUCUCCCCCCUAGCUCUAUGGAACCUGCUCGUACGCACAGAAAAGUACGACUACUAGUUGUCGAGGACCAUGUCAUUAACCAGAGGAUCAUUAAGAACAUGUUAGAGAAAGAAGGGGUUGAUUUUCAGCUGGUCUCCAAUGGGAAGGAGGCACUAGAUGCACUUGAACCACCCAAUCAUGGGUUCGACAUCUUGUUGACCGACUGCCAAACCCCUGUCAUGGAUGGUUUUGAGGCCACAAAAGCCAUCAGAGCCAGAGAACAAGCCGAAGGAAGACCACGGAUACCCAUCAUUGCGUUGACGGCACUCGCUCUCGCUUCAGACAGGGAGCGAUGCUUUGCAGCGGGAAUGGACGACUGCUUGAUCAAGCCUCUCAAGAAGGAAGCACUUCAGAACAUGCUGGCAAAAUUUGGGCCCCAAUUAACCAGUCUUGUACUUCAAACCAACAUGGAUUCCAAAACGCUACGUGUGGCCGGUCAGAGCGCUGCAGAGGGGGCUGGUUCGCCUGCAGUAUCCCCUGGAGUCCCCCGAAAAGUCCGCCUCUUAGUGGUUGAGGAUCAUAUUAUAAACCAGAGGAUCAUUAAAAACAUGUUGGAAAAAGAAGGGGUUAAAUUUGAGCUAGUGUCGAAUGGCAAGGAGGCAUUAGAUGCGCUCGAACCGCCCAAUCAUGGGUUCGACAUCUUGUUGACCGAUUGUCAAACCCCUGUCAUGGAUGGCUUUGAAGCCACAAAGGCAAUCAGAACCAGAGAGCAGGCUGAAGGAAGACGAAGGAUGCCCAUCAUUGCGCUGACAGCACUCGCUCUCGCCUCUGACAAGGAGCGCUGCUUUGCCGCAGGAAUGGACGACUGCUUGAUCAAGCCUCUCAAGAAAGAAGCACUGCAGAAUAUGCUGGCCAAAUAUGGGCCCCAAUUAAGCACUCUUGUAGCCUCCAACAGCAAUCAUCCUGGGCCUAAGACCCCCAGAGCACCCGGCCAACCUGGCGGCCAACGUGGCAGCGCAUUUUCCUUCUCUUCUCGGGCGGGCGCGGCGGUUCCUGCAGGCGGUAGUGCCCCUAGUCCUGCUGCAGCAAAACCCAGGCAAAUGAAGGUGCUCAUUGUGGAAGAUCACCUGGUGAAUCAAAAGAUCCUCAAGAACAUGUGUGAAAAGGAAGGAAUCCUUUUCGGCAUCGUUAACAAUGGGAAGGAGGCAGUUGAUGCCGUGGAGCCUGUCGAUCAUGGUUACGAUUUGAUUCUCACAGACUGUCAAACACCUAUCAUGGACGGGUUUGAGGCAACGAUGGUCAUCAGAGAACGGGAGAAAGCGGAGGGAAGACGCCGUCUGCCCAUCAUAGCAGUUACAGGGCUCGCACUUCAGUCAGAUCAGGAACGCUGCUUUGCAGCCGGGAUGGAUGACUUCUUGACUAAGCCAGUGAAGAAAGAAGCCCUGAAGAAAGUACUGAGUAAAUGGGGACCGAAAUUUAGCGACCUUCUUGCGGAAGCAGCACCAGAGUUGGCGGCUCAAACUGUCGCUGGAGCCAAGUCCAGCUAUGGUGCCCAGGUCGCUGGAGCCAAGUCCAGCUAUGGUGCCCAGUGUUACAAUGCAGCCCUGAUGGAGUUCUUCCUUUGCAGCAUCUUUGUGGCAGUGAGCAAUAACAUGCCACAAUAUGGUUCGAUCCUAGAGCCAGUGGAUCGCAGAGCGGAGACAGACGUUGCAAGCCGAUCCUUGGUUGAAGUUGGUUUCUUGCUAACCCAUCUAGUUGGGGCUGCGUUUCUAAUGGAAAAGUUUGUAAGGAAACAGUUCUACAUUCGGUGGGAACUCAAGACCUCAGAGAAGGCAACCGCGGUGGCUGAAAAUGCGCUCUUUGCAAAGGAUCUGAAGUCCUCCUUUGUUUCCAACCUCAGCCACGAAGUAAAACACCCAAUCAUCAGCAUCCUUGCAUGUGGGGAGCUGAUGAAGGGCACUCCCAUGAGUACGGAACAGAAAGACUAUGCUACCACAAUCCACGAGUCUGCUGUGCAGCUCUUUCAAGUAAUCGAGGAUGUGCUGCACUUCUCCGAACUCGAUGCAGGUACCUUCAAGCUCAACCCUCAGAUUUUCAAUCUGCUGGAAAUUGUGGAGGAAGUUGUCGCAGAGCAGGCGCCAUUGGGGUUGUCCAAAGGUUUAGCAGUCUCAAUCAUCUACAAAUUGUCAAGCUGCAUCUUCCUUGGUGAUCCUGGUGUUGUUCUCACCGUCCUGAAGCACUUGUUUGAGAAUACAGUGAAGGUCACACAGAAUGGUGAGGUCGGUAUUGUGGUGGAUAAACAUGACACCUGCAUGGAUGCUUGGAUUGUUAGGUUUGCAUGCUUUGACACUGGGCCCGGCAUCCCUGAAGAGAACCUGAAGUUUCUAUUCCAGGAGUUCACACAAGUGAGGGACAAGCUGAACCAAGUGAACAACGGACUGGGACUUGGGUUGGCUCUUGUGAAGGGGUUUGUGAACGUAAUGAAGGGAAGAGUGGGGGCGGUUACGAAUGACAUCAUUAAGCCUGGUAUGCCAACAGGAUCCGUGUUCUGGUUUGAGAUCCCUCUCAUGCCUAUACAUAAUCCAGCAGACAGGGGAAUAGGUGCAUUUGUCCCAGGGAUGGAUGAAGGGGGGCCCACGGACGAGAAACAGGACAGUGAACACACCAGUGCCAUAACCAAAGGGAUCAAGAUACUGAGAAAAGUUGCAUCAGACGGAUGCAUAAGUGUUCCUCUAGGUGUUGCAGACGAAGAAGGAAACAGAAAUGACAAAUUCAAAAUAAACGAUGACACAGAUGUUGUCGUUAACUCACCACUGUUCAUCAUUGGAAUUGCCAAGGCUCGGCUGAUUCGUACCAUGCUAAGAGUUUAUCUCUCAAAGUGGCCCAAUGCCACUGUGGCUAUUGCUGCCUCUCCACAACACCUGUUCAGCACUGAGUUCUCUGGACCUGUAGGAGUUAUGAGUGACAAAAGAGAUGCCCACAGGGUUUGCUUUAUCAGUGAUAUCACAGAAAAGGAGGAGCUGGUUCAGUUGGAUACUUCAAAGCACAAGUCGUAUUCAAUGAUCAAACAACGCAAGUAUAGAAUCACCAAAGGUGCUUACUGGGUGUUGUUGCCACAAGAUCGACAGAUGACCGAUGGGAUCAGUAUAGACAAACUGGUUGAGAAAGACAUCUUUGCCAUCCUUUACAUGCCAAUCAGAGCACAACACUUGGCGUCUUGUAUGAAGGAUAUAUCUGAAGCUUCAAGCAAGCAUCUUAGAGUCGUGAUCGAUUCUUAUCCUCCUGCUCCCACAGGUCCUAUAAAGCCUGGUGAAGUAAUCAUAGAUAUCCCCGAGCCGCCCCGGGAUUUUGAAACAGUGAAAGAUUAUUCAGCAUUGGUCUUGGAGUACCAUAGCUCCAUGUUCAUUGGGAAAGAUUCAGAGAGACAAACAAUUCUGUCAUUCGAGGGUGCAUCUAAAGGGUUCAAAACCGUAGUGUUUCGUGAGGCAGAUGCUGUCGGGAUGGAGUUGCGUACAAACUUGGCCCCAUUACGUGAAGUCAGCCAGCAGACUGUACGGCAAAACUCGACGCGGAAUCAGGUGGUGAACGAAGAGGCAUUGAAGAAGAUCCUGUCCAUACGGCACGGAACUAUCCAUUUUGUGAACUUCCUGAAGUCAUUGGAUAUAGAUGAUGAGGUCAUCGAAAUCAGUGAUAAAAAGGUAGAGGGAGGGGAAGGCGAAAGGAGAAAAGGCUCCGUUCCACCACCCGGUAUGCAGGGAACUCCCUCUGGUCCCAAACUAGGGCCUGCUCAACAGCAGCAGCACCAGCAGCAGCAAAACACAAUACCUCUAGUACAGGCAUCCUCCACAGGGAGUGUAAGUACACACACCCAUCCACCCCCGUUACUCCAUUCCCCGACCUUCAAAUCAUCUUCCACUGCGGAAGCAAUUGUUGCUGGUGGUGCCACUGUUGAAGGUGGAUCGAUUUCACAUCCGACAUCGGGAACGUCACCACUCUCAUUGACUGCAGGGCCACCGAAAGAAUCAACUCAGGCAGAGAAUACCCCGUUGAUAAGUCAACCCCUCACUGUGAGUGAGGUGCAGGUAUCUCAUGCAUCUCCAUUUUCCACAGUACAACCAGAUGAUACGUUACAAAAGCCGACCAACGGAAACGAACAGCAACAGGAUCGGCCCGAGCAACAGGAUAAGCAACUGCAGCAGACUCAGAAGCCCCUAAAGCGUGGGAGAAGAAAGUUCUCGGGGAUGGGAAGCGUUAAUAGACAAGCAUUUGCCAUAAGCACUGUAUCUCUCAUCGAGAAUCUUCAAGGAUCACUAUCCUGGCGCCUUGGCGAUUCCCUAGAGCCUGUACGGGUAGUCAUAGUCAUGCUUGGCAUCCAGCUGGUUCUCUGGCCUUUCCUCAAGAGAGCCUUUGAAGAGGUGGUUGUGCAUAAGGUGAAUAUAAUUCUUUGCAGCUCAUGGCUUGGGGUUUGUCUUGCCCUGUGCAUCUACACCUUCAGCUCCCACUUUCAAGGACAAAUGGCAGCGCACCCAGUUCGAUGUGAGUGGGGGUUUGCCAUCUUGAUGGUGAUGACGUUGUGGGUUGUGAUUGUCUGCUCUUACAUCCAUCCUGGCUUGGCCUCGAUGAGCAUAGAAACAUGGCUAUUUGUGUUUGCCUUGACUCUCUAUGUGAACAUAUUUUGUCGGUUCAGUGUUGCGCUGGCUGCGUCUACGGCCAUUGCACUCAUGUACGAGGCCGUCAUAAUUAAUCAUCAUGCUAUUACCUACCUCGGAGACGUUGCACGCCCUCUGGUGCCAUCUGGGAUAGCUAGUCGGGAGGACAUCCGCAUCAUUGUCAUCACCUUUUUCACAUUUACGACGAUCGGCUCAUUGCUCACUACAUCUUACACUAUAGAUGCAACCACAUCCAGUGAGCAAAGCUUGACACUUGUGGUCAUGGCUGCUACCGAGGCCGCGAGAAGAGCAACUGAGGCUGAAGCUGCCAACCAAGCCACAACCCAGUUCAUUUCCAAUUUGAAUAUGGAGGUUCGUACACCUCUCGCAAGCAUUAUGGGCAUGAGCGAGCUUCUUCUUUCCUCGGAACCUCCUCUCAACAUCCUCCAGGAGGACUUGGUGUUCACAGUGCAGCAAGCCAGUGAGCAGUUAAACUCACUUGUAGAUAACGUCUUGGAUGUCAACAAGAUAGAUAACGGGUUCAUAAAGUUACAAGAAGAAGUCAUAAGCAUUCGAGAGCAGAUCGAGGAGCGAGUCCUCUCAAUGUGCCAUGUGGCGUAUAUGAAGAAACUGCGUGUCAUCAUGGACAUGCGAAUUCACCACGAGUUGUUUCUUGGUGACCCUCUUCGGUUGAGUCAGAUCAUGACGAAUGUUCUUUCCAAUGCCAUCAAUUUCACCAAUCAGGGAGAUAUCCUUAUCAAGGCAGAAGAGAUCCAGAGCAUGAACAACGACCCUACUACCCCCAUGCCGCCGGAUUCCGGCAGAGGAACCCGUCAGUUCAGCCUUAUCCGUGUGUCCUGCAAAGACACUGGCAUUGGCAUGUCCAAAGAGAACCUGGAAAAGGUAGUUAGCACCCUGAAUAAGGUUGAUGCAGAGUCCAUCUCGUUUGGCAAGCUCCGCCACAGAGGGACAGGAAUAGGGUUGACGAUCGUUAAGAGUCUGGUGUCGUUGAUGGGGGGCACUUGCGGCAUAACGAGCGAGCUUGAUGAAGGGACGACCUUCUGGUUCACCAUGCGUCUGCCAUACAUCAAGCCCACAGACCCAGAGGCUUCUAAUCCAAAGAACAACUCAAUCCUGAGCUUUAGAUGGAAGGCGUCCAUACCAAUCAAGCUACUUUUGAUAUCACCGUCACAAACUGAGUGUGACAUAAUCAAAUGCUAUGCCAUUCAGUGGGGGCACCAGUGCUCUGUGGAGAAGAAUGCCAGGCUGGGACUGCAGAAACUGACGGGGAAAAAACAAUCAACAUUUUCUUCCAACUUGCUAUUAGGACUUCAAACCUUGAAGAAAGAUAAUGCCCAAGGUCAAUCUGGUAGCGCCUUGUCCAAAGCUGGGCGUACGACAGAACUUCUGGCAUCGGAAAAUCGUGAUGCUCCCGAACACUUGCCAUUGAAGCUUAUAGUCUUGGAUGCAGAGGUUCUCUCACCCUCAGGACAAACAGAGGAUGAGAACAUGCUUCUGCACACUGCUAAUUCUCGAAACCUGAAAAUCAUUCUCCUUGUUCGUGCCGGCAUCAGCAUUCACCAAUGGCAGCAUUUCAAUGCCUUGCCAGUCAAAAAGCCAGUUGCAUUCGGUUCAUUCUUUUACGCUCUUGAGAGCAUCAUUGGGCUAUUGGAACAAACUCCUGACACCUCUGAAACAGUUGUGCCUCAUGCGGCGGCAUCUGCAUUUCCUCGACCUGACCCCUCUAAAGCACGAAAGGACAAAGCGGGCGUCCUUUCUCCUAGCUCUGCGGAUCCUGCGCUGCCUUCGUCAUCUCCUAAAGGGCGAAGAAAAGUACGACUUUUGGUUGUUGAGGACCAUGAUAUCAAUCAGAGGAUCAUGAAGAACAUGUUAGAGAGAGAAGGGGUUGAUUUUCAGUUGGUGGCCAAUGGGAAAGAGGCAGUAGAUGCACUAGAACCACCCACUCAUGGGUUCGACAUCUUGUUGACUGACUGUCAGACUCCUGUGAUGGAUGGUUUUGAGGCGACAAAAGUCAUCAGAGCCAGAGAAGAAGGCGAAGGAAGACCGAGGAUGCCGAUCAUUGCACUGACAGCACUUGCUCUCACUUCUGACAGGGAGCGAUGCUUUGCAGCGGGAAUGGAUGACUACUUGAUCAAGCCUCUCAAGAAGGAAGCACUUCAGAAUAUACUGGUGAGACAUGAUCCCCGAUUAAGAAACCUUGUAGCCUCAAGCAGAAAUGAUUCUGGGUCCAACACCCCCAGAGGGACCGUCCGACCAGGUGGCAAAAGUGGGAGCGCAUCUUCCUUCUCUACUCGGACAGCCGCUGCUGUUCCUGCGGGGGGUAGUACCCAUAGUCCUACUGCAACAAAACUUAGGCAAAUUAAGGUGCUUAUUGUGGAAGAUCACCUGGUGAAUCAAAAGAUCCUCAAGAACAUGUGUGAAAAGGAAGGAGUCCUUUUCGGCAUCGUUAACAAUGGGAAGGAGGCGUUUGAGGCCGUAGAGCCUGUCGAUCAUGGUUACGAUUUGAUUCUCACAGAUUGUCAAACACCUAUCAUGGACGGGUUUGAGGCAACAAUGGUCAUCAGAGAACGAGAGAAAGCGCAGGGAAGAUGCCGUCUACCCAUCAUAGCGGUUACAGGGCUUGCAAUGCGGUCUGACCACGAACGCUGCUUGGCAGCUGGAAUGGACGAUGUCUUGACCAAACCCGUGAAGAAAGAAGCCCUGCAAAGCGUUCUAAAUAAAUGGGGACCAAAAUUUAGUGACCUUCUCGCAGAACCACCACCAGGAUUGACUCAAGCUGCACCUGCAAGCCAACCAAGGCUGCACCUAUCGGACGUGCCUACGAUGCCUGCACAAACCAGCGAAGUCUUUGAUUGCGGUCUGUGAACUUUAGCUAGUGAGCCAUACAUUUCGCAUCGUUUUUGUAAAGCGGGGGUAGCUCUUCAGAUUAUUAUGCCUAUCUGAUUCCAUCGUUGUUACGACUCAUGAUCUAUUUACUAACAGUUACAUGUGUGUACCAUUCAGCCACAAGGGCUGCUUGGGUAAAAGUUCAUAGUGAUAUGAUAAGGGGCAGUCCCGAGUAAGUUAUGGCUAUGCCUCGGUUUUGAGAUUCAAUGCACGUUAUCUAUUGUCGGAUUCCACAAUCAGAUCCGCAACAUCCGGUUUCUGAACAAAGACCUAGAAAUUGU